AUGGCACCAAAUUUUAGUAAAUUCACUUCAAGGACAGACGUUAAAAUUGGUAUAGCAGCAUCAGCUGCUAUCGGUGCAUGGAUUGUAAAUAAUGCUAUUAAAUCGAGCAAAAAGAAAAAUGUGAAACCAGGACGUCUUACACUUGAGGAAAGUGUACAUUACAUGAUAAAGGAUAAAGAUAAAAAGACCCCAAGAGCUCAAGUUAAUGCAAAGUUCUUCAAGGAGUUGAAAGCACUAUGGAAGAUCAUGGUUCCUGGGUUUUGGUCCAAGGAAAGUGGUCUAAUGAUGAUGAUUGCCUUCUCAUUAAUAGCUAGGACUAUGUGUGAUUUAUGGAUCAUUCAACAUACAACAUACAUAGAAGGGUCAAUUAUCACAAUGAACAAACUAGAAUUCAAGAAGCUUCUGACACAAUUUUUCGUGGCUAUGCCUUUGAUAUCACUAGUAAAUAAUGUACUCAAAUGGAGCAUAGGAGAAAUCAAACUUAGGCUAAGGACAAACUUAUCGCUAUAUUUAUACGAACAGUAUUUAAAAGGUUUCACAUACUACAGAGUAACAAACUUAGACAACCGGAUAUCGAACGCCGACCAGCUUCUCACCACCGACAUUGAGAAGUUCUGCGACACGGUCAUUGACCUCUACAGUUAUAUCAGCAAGCCCCUCCUGGAUAUAUCCAUCUAUCUUUAUCGUCUAACUGUGAAUCUGGGACCUUCGACACCCGGACUAAUGAUGGCAUAUUUAUUAGCAUCCGGUGUUUUCCUGACAUACCUUAGAAGACCUACUGCUCGUAUGACCGUACAAGAGCAAAAGUUGGAGGGCGAGUAUAGAUUCGUCAAUUCGAGACUGAUCACCAAUUCCGAGGAGAUCGCAUUCUACCAGGGUAAUCGUCGCGAACAACUAACGCUUCUGUCCAGUUUCUAUAAGCUGACGAGACAUUUGAGGAACUUCCUCAACUUCCGGGUGGCUAUGGGUUUCAUAGACAAUAUUGUCGCUAAAUAUGUCGCUAUUGUCGUCGGCUUCUAUGCUGUGUCCAGACCCUUCUUUGUCAAAGACCACAAUCUACUCACCGGUGGCUCUGAACAAGAGAGAUUUAGGCAUUACUAUACAUACGGUCGUAUGUUAGUCAAAAUGGCGGAAGGGAUAGGAAGACUAGUCCUAUCUGGACGUGAGUUGAGCAAGUUAGCUGGGCUAACGACGCGCGUGACGCAGUUACGGACUGUCCUGGACGAUAUUAACAAAGGAAACUAUGAACGCACUAUGGUCGAGAGGCAAGCUAACGGCAGUGCAGGUUCAAGCAGUCCACUGGCUUUGACCCCAGGUGCUGGCAAAAUUAUCUACAGGGACAACAUUAUUCGUUUCGACAAAGUACCGUUAGUCACGCCUAAUGGUGAUGUACUUAUCAAAGAAUUGUCAUUUGAAGUGAAAUCCGGCAUAAACGUACUGGUUUGCGGGCCCAACGGUUGUGGAAAAUCAUCCAUGUUCAGAAUGCUUGGUGAACUCUGGCCUAUCUUUGGGGGCAGUCUCACCAAACCGCCUAAAGGAAAGCUCUUCUACGUUCCGCAACGACCUUACAUGACGCUGGGAACUUUCAGAGAUCAGGUGAUCUACCCUCAAACCCGCGAAGAAAUGAUACGACGCGGUCGUACAGAUGAAGAGUUAGGAACAUUCCUGGACAUUGUACAACUGUCGUAUCUGACGUCACGCGAAGGCGGCUGGGACGCUGUUGAAGAUUGGAUGGACGUCCUCUCUGGUGGGGAGAAGCAAAGGAUUGCGAUGGCGCGACUGUUCUACCACGCGCCGCAGUUUGCGAUACUCGACGAAUGCACGAGUGCCGUUUCCGUCGACGUGGAGGGACAGAUGUACAGAUACUGUAGAGAGAUGGGCAUAUCUCUAUUCACCGUGUCGCACCGCAAGUCGCUCUGGCAACACCAUGACCACUACUUGCAGAUGGACGGGCGCGGAGGGUACGUCUUCGGCGAGAUCGACAACACUACGCAGGAGUUUGGCUCGUGA